GCCCGCCCCGGCGGAGCGGGGCUGCUGAGGUGAAAGGAGGCGGCCUCACGGGGUGCGGGGGAGAGAGCAGGCCUCGGGGUGAACCCCGGGCCCCCCCCCAGCACACUCACGCACACGCACACACCCUUCCCUCCCGCCCUGAAGGGGAAGGGAGGAGGCCGGUCGCUGUCACCACCCGUGGCCCAGAGAAAGGAGGGCGCCGGGCCGCUGGAUAGCGCGGGCCGCUUGGCCACCGCGCACCCGGCCCGGGCCCGCACCGUGGGGUGAGGGGGGGUCCCCAGGUCCUACUCUGAGCCCCCCACCCGACGCACUUCAUCCAUCUUUCGCUCGCUCUCCUUCCGUUGCACCUCCCUCUCCUCUUUUUGUGUAUGUGUUGACUUUCUGACCCCCCCCAUCCCAGCGAAUAGCGGGUAUCCCUGGGUUCCCCGCCACUCCCCCUUCCCGCCUCCCCCCCGUGUUUAUCCUCUUGAGCGGUGUUCUGAGUGUCCCCUCCCCAAACUUUUUCACUGGAUUUACAUUUUUUCUCUUGCAAGCCUUUGCCGAACCUUGGCAGCUGACACCCUCUCCCUCAGUCCAGCCCUCCCGCCGUCCCAUUCAGCCCGGGGAACCCCCCAGCCGGGGCCGGGGCGGGGGCGGGGGGGAGGCCGGCACUCCGGGAGGCCCGACCUGCUCCCGCGGCGCUUUUCCCUGGCGUCCCACCUCGAACGUUCUCUGCUACCAAGUAGGGGAGACGGAAAGUGCAGAGAGCAAACAAAGUCCGCUUACAAAGCCCCCAGAUGAGUCAUUGGUUGGGGUGUUGGUCUACACUUUCUGCAAGAAACUUAAAAGUGACUGUAGCCGAUACGUUGGCAUUCCUCUUGCCCGCUUUUAGGUGGGGGACCCCUCUUGGGAAGACCUAGGCUGGAACUUCUCUUUUCCCAGCUUCAUUUCUAUUUGCAAACGAAUCACUUAGUGGGCAGUAGUGAUGAGCUCACGGGAAAACUUCGGAACCGGAGGAGGUUAGGGAAGCUUGUCACUUUAAAGACGUUCUUCCCGCCUCUCUCGGUUAUUUUCCUUCUUUGAAUAACUUUGUGAAAUCCCAAACGCCUUGCUUGGGAGCUGGAGAUCUUUGAAACUAACCAGGAAUGGAUGCAGCGCUCUCAAAAAAUCCUCUCAGUCACUGGACCCAUCCCAGUGGAGAUAAUAUAGGGAAUUGGAUAAUUCAAACAUUACCUAUUGUGUAGAGCUGGUACAUUGUUUUCAGACAUAUUUUCUUUCAAAUCAAUUAAAAUCUUUUUUUCCACCUGAUGGAGAAGUGUGAAAGCUAAUAUUUGAUCCUGGGCUUGGCAAUGUGUGCAGUGAAAAUUGUUGGAAAAAUAAUUUAGAGCCGAGGACAGUUGAAUGGAGAACAAGUUGGGGAAACCCAGUUCCCCUCUUAGAAGGCUUCAUGUAGAAGUGUGGGGAUCCUAGGAAUCCUCAGAGUGAUUCCCGUAGUGGUCCAGGCAUUCUACAGCAUUUCACCCAAGAAGCAGGGACCUGGUGUGACCCUCGUGUGAGAGUGAGCUUCAGCAAUGCUGUAAAAAUACUUUAUGUUGCCACAGACAUCUGAAUUGGUAAAAUGGCAGCCCAUGAAGCCUCCCAUCACCAGCAGCAGGCAGCACAGAACAGCUUGCUGCCCCUCCUGAGCUCUGCCGUGGAGCCCCCUGAUCAGAAACCGUUGCUUCCAAUACCAAUCACUCAGAAACCACAAGCAGCGCCAGAAACAUUAAAGGAUGCCAUUGGGAUUAAAAAAGAAAAACCCAAAACUUCAUUUGUGUGCACUUAUUGCAGUAAAGCUUUCAGGGACAGCUAUCACCUGAGGCGCCACGAGUCCUGCCACACAGGGAUCAAGUUGGUGUCCCGGUCAAAGAAAACUCCCACUACGGUGGUCCCCCUCAUCUCCACCAUCGCUGGGGACAGCAGCAGAACUUCGUUGGUCUCGACUAUUGCUGGCAUCUUAUCAACAGUCACUACAUCUUCCUCGGGCACCAACCCCAGCAGCAGCGCCAGCACCACAGCUAUGCCCGUGACCCAGUCUGUCAAGAAACCCAGUAAGCCUGUCAAGAAGAACCAUGCCUGUGAGAUGUGCGGGAAGGCCUUCCGAGAUGUGUACCACCUCAACCGGCACAAGCUCUCCCAUUCGGACGAAAAGCCCUUCGAGUGUCCCGUUUGUAAUCAGCGCUUCAAGAGGAAGGACCGGAUGACUUACCAUGUGAGGUCUCAUGAAGGAGGCAUCACCAAACCCUAUACUUGCAGUGUUUGUGGGAAAGGCUUCUCGAGGCCUGACCACUUAAGCUGUCACGUAAAACAUGUCCAUUCAACAGAAAGACCCUUCAAAUGCCAAUUUUCCUCCCUCAUGCAGACGUGCACUGCUGCCUUUGCCACCAAAGACAGACUGCGGACACACAUGGUGCGCCAUGAAGGCAAGGUAUCGUGUAACAUCUGUGGGAAGCUUCUGAGUGCAGCGUACAUCACCAGCCACUUAAAGACACACGGGCAGAGCCAAAGCAUCAACUGUAAUACAUGUAAACAAGGCAUCAGUAAAAUAGCGUGCAUGAGUGAGGAGACCGGCACCCAGAAGCAGCAGCAGCAGCAGCAGCAGCAGCAGCAACAGCAGCAUGUGACGAGCUGGCCAGGGAAGCAGGUGGAGACGUUGAGAUUGUGGGAAGAAGCUGUCAAAGCAAGAAAGAAAGAAGCUGCUAACCUGUGCCAAACCUCCACGGCUGCUGCGACACCUGUGACUCUCACGACUCCAUUCAGUAUAACAUCCUCUGUGUCGUCCGGGACGAUGUCAAACCCAGUCACAGUGGCAGCUGCAAUGAGCAUGAGAAGCCCCGUAAACGUUUCCAGCGCGGUUAACAUAACCAGCCCAGUGAACAUCGGGCACCCUGUGACCAUAACCAGUCCGCUGUCCAUGACCUCGCCCCUAACACUCCCCACCCCGGUCACUGCUCCGGUGAAUAUCGCACACCCUGUCACAAUCACGUCUCCGAUGAACCUGCCCACACCCAUGACGUUAGCUGCCCCUCUCAAUAUAGCAAUGAGGCCCGUAGAGAGCAUGCCUUUCUUACCCCAAGCUUUGCCUACAUCACCACCUUGGUAAACAGUAUUAUAAAAUCAAAACAUGGGUUAAAGUAAAUAUUUACCAGCAACCUACGUUUAGUUUGUUAAAGCAAAAAGUAAACCAUGAAAUUGGGAGAUUUUAUUACAUUAGUUAAUAAUAGUGUAGUAGCAUUUUUCUCCAAUUUGGCUGGGAUUGUAGGUUGUGUAUGUAACUUAUCACUGGACCACUUUAGUUUAAUCGGAAAUUCCUUUUAGCUGACAGCGAUGCUUAAACAGGAUAGUAGUUGGCAAGAGAAAAUGCCAGAAUUAAAACCAAUCAUAAAAAAGCAAAGCCCAUUUCAAAAUAAAAACAGCAUUACUGUUUCUAAUCCCAAGAAAUCAUUUUAUUCUAAACACUAGCAGAACUCUUCUCCCCAUAUAAGGUGGAUGGGUGGAUGGCUGAGUUUAACCUAAGUCCUAAAUCCACAGAGAGCUAGUGUAGAAUUGUCUGUGUUUAUUGUUUUUAUGAGUAAAAUACAUGCAUUGUCAUAAUAAAAUGCAUUUCAGAGAAUAUGCAUUUUACCUUUGGGAAUAUGUUAAUUUCAGGCAGCAUUCCCUAUGGGAAAGGUGAUACCAGCUCUGAUAUGCAAAGCAUAUGAUAAUUUAUCAUUCUAACUUCAACAUAUAAUAGGGAUUGUGACCUGAUAUUUGGAGAUGUAAAUAUUGCUCAGCAUAUUAAUCCUGAUGGAAUAUAGCAUUGUAGUUGACUUUUUAAAAAAAAAAAAUUAAAAAAAAAAAGACAACAACCAAAAUAUACAAAUUGUGUUUUGGUAAGAAAAGGCCUCAACUGACAGCGGAGAAGUCAAGUGUGUGGACAGGCAGACUCCUAACAGACAGAGGCCAGUGGGACUCCUUUCAGGAGCCAAGGAGUACUUUGGGACAGUUAAAAUAUAUUGCUUUAAAUUGGAAGAUGCUGGAGGCACUGGGAUGUGACAUGCCCCUCUCUCUCCCAAUCAGAGCCUGUUGGUGUUCCAACAGGGAAAGAUGUGUUAGUUGCUCACUAGAGUUUAUGUCUUAUAUUAAAUUGUAUACAGUUUUUAUUCUAACCACUAACUAGGUAGUAUGCCCCUUCAGAACAGCAGAGUGUCUUUUUUUUUUUUUUAUUUCUCCUUCCGUUUCUUAAUCAAGUAUUGUGCAGAUUUGUUCAACUUUGUAAAUAUGGACAUCACUUUUUUUUCUUUGAAAAAAGACUUGUAUCCGCUUUUGGUGUUUUCAGGGAGACAGCUAUCUGUACUCCUGUAGAAACCCAGCCAUGAUUGUGCACGUUAAGACAUGUGCUUUUUAUUUCUUAGCAGGAUGUUUUAUCUCUGUACAUAAAGUAGAAACCAAAAGUUAGGGAAACAGAUACUCUUUACACCAUCAUGCCACACAUGUUUUUAAAGCGUUGUGUUAAAAAAGUUACUAAAACCAAGACGCUGUGAUUUUCUUUGCUAAGUUACAAUAUGUUUUUGGUUUUUUUUUUUUUUUUCUUUUUAAUCUUGCAGUUAAGAGAAGUGGAAUUUAGUUGUAUUAAUCUUGCAGAAUGUUUGCAGGACUGACUAUCAAACUGGAUGACUUCCGUUUAUACCCCACGGUGUCAGUUCAAGCAUCAAACACCUUACAUCUGAGGCAGACUUCCUACAUCAGGGACAGGUAUCUGUGUGUCAUUAUACAAAACAGUUCGAGGGGGUUGAACUACAUAGUAAAAAAUAAAAUAGUACUUAGUGUAAAAUAAUUUUAUAAAUGAUCUUUUGUACUUUAGGACAUUAAAUUGUACAACUUUUGUAUAUAUAAAAGCUUAGGAACUUUCUGUUUAGCAGGAAGGCAACACAUUCCUACACUUUUAAUGUAUAUGUUUGUUAUAAUGUCCAUGUAAACAUGCCCUAUGUUUGUGCCUUUUAAUUAGUUUGUCUCAAUAAACAAAAUGUAGAGAAAAAUAUGUAGCUAUGACUUUGUUACAACUGUUCCUACCCACAGUACAAAGAUGGUUUGUUUUUAAUCUGUAGAGCAUUAUGUGUGGACUACUGGAAGGACUUGCGUAGGGAAGGCCCAUACGCAGGCCCUGCUGAGGCCUCGGUUGGGCAGGUAGUGGCCACAUUUGGAGGAAGCCCAAUUUCCUGGCAUGCAGCCCCAGGACUGGGUUCUGGCUCUGCCUGCUGGGACCUGUCAUCUCUUUGGCUGGGCUGGCCAUCACCGUCUACCGUGAUUCGGACAGUCCAGGCUUUCUUCACAGUGGCCCAAGGAGCAAUCCUUGGUGGGGGCAGGCGUGGACCCUACCCCCAGGCUAGAGUGUGGUCUUCAGAACCCUGAAAGUAUUAGUUCUUAAAAAAAAAUAAAAAAUAAAAAAAUAGAUAUAUACAUACUAGAAAUGAUUGUUUUAUCAAUUCAUUGUAUAAUAAACAGGAGUGAGACUUCAUUGUAUGACUUCAGUUAAAAUGCUAUUUUGUAUGCAUUCUUUAUUCACUUAAGAAGCUUGUCUGCAAUAAUAAAGCCACGUCGUGUCUUCUUUUGGGAGGGAGAGAGUUGGCAGGAAGGGGUGGUGGCGGGCCACUGAAGGGGGGGCCGCUGGGUUGUGUGGUGAGAUUCUCCUGUGUCUUGGAACUGGAAUUGAGUUUUGAUGCUGAUGAACUGACUCAACCAAGUGUUGAAGGCACGACGGCCACCGCGCUACGAAAAGAGCAGAGUUUGUUUUUCCCUUCUGGUUGUAACCUGGUUGAGAGCUUCCCUUUAUCAGAUUGGCAGCUAAACAGUUGUAUUAGAUAAUCCUCAAAUCUGACAUCCAGCCUGUUAUGCUCUAGGGCUCGCUGCUUGGCCUGCAUUUGCCUUUUAUUGUAUAUCCAUUUCCCUCCGAAGGUGUGCUCCUAAACGAAGGUUUCUAUGUAAGCAGAUGAUGAUUUUUCCUGUCAAUACCAGCACUGUAUUACUAACAUGCAAAAUACUGCAGAUUUAUUUUGACAAAUUAAAGUUAACCGGUCACAAACGUUA